UUUUAGUCUAUUGCCAAAAAUGAAAAUGGCAGAAACCGAUUGACAUGUCUGCGAUUUUCGUAGUUUAUUUUUGGGUACAAUAAUUACUGCCUUUGUACUUUUUUGGAGUGCUAAUGUGUUACUUUAUAAAGCGUUACAUUUAUUAACCGUGCGUAUAAAUGAAGUAAUUCUAAGCUGAACAUGACGCAGUAUGUUGCAAUUCUUUGUAGAAAAAUAACUUUGGCAUAAUGAUAACAAAAGAUAUAAAAAAAUCAACCUUGUAUCGGUACGAGUUCGUUUUCGUCACAUGUGUAACGUAGAGAUUAACGAGUCAUGAUUAUUGGCGGCCGCGAAAGUGCGAGAAAGCAUACGUAACUGGUGCAAAAGUGGUUUCAGUGAUUGUGACGUCACGUACACGAAAAUACGCUGUUUGGUGUGUAAAUAAGUGUCGUCCGGAUGCGCGGGGCCUCGCGCGCGCUCUCCGGUGUCCUGGGCAGGACACAAUUCGCGGCGUGAAGCUCCGCGAGGAUGGGCGGCGAUGUCUGCCCCGACCGAGAGCGCCGCCAGCCUCUCCCCCUGUGCUUGCACUAACAUAUCGCUUAUGCAACUAUUCCACGAGCUCAAGCAGAAGUUCCCGAGCGUACCCGACCAUGUUGUGUCCAGCACCAUCGAGCUGUACUGUCACGACAAGCAAGCCUGUGAGACGCAACUGCACAGCGAAGUCAAGGCCUCCCUAACACACGCGUACCACGCGUCGUCGUCCGCCGCCGCCCGCCACCACGAGCACAAGCUCAGCACUCCGGCCAAGUGCCGGAACCAGCCUAUAUUUAAGCAUGAGGCCCCUAAGCUAACUGCCAUUAAUGCUGUCACUUGCCAAACGCCUCAAAAAGCUGUAUUAAGCACUUGCAUUACAGAUGAGAAUGAAAACAAUAAGGUAAACACUGAUGCUAAUCAAAAUGUUGUUGAACCUAAAGCCUUUAUUAAAGAGGAAAAUGUCAACAAUUCCUCUCCAGUCACGGUCAUAAACAUAGACAACUGUUAUGCAAAGUACAGUGCUGAAUCACCAAGCGACUUGGAGUUGACGAACGAAACACCUAAAGAACAAGUUAGUACACCUCAGUCUAACCCACCAGAGCCAGAGAGCACAAACUAUAGGAUACUUAAAAGUAACAAAGUAAGAUGCAAUUUACACGAGAAAUUAGAGAAAGGAAAAGGAAAGAAAACUAUUAAUAAAGAGGAACCAAAGGUUACUAUCAACAAAGAAGAGGCCAAAGCGAAGCAGGAAAUAUUGGAGUCUGAUUCACCAACACCAAAAGAACCAGUACAGGAGAAACCAAAACGGCCGAACACACUUGAUUUUAUCAAACCAAAUCCAGAUAUUGCAUUUAAGCCCCACACAGAGAGUGAGCCGUGUAGAUCUGUCUCACCAGCCCCUCCAAAACAGGAACCCCCUAAAGAGCCAACUCCUGGGUCGUUCAGACCUGAAAGAGGGUACUCAGAAAGACCAGAUCGUUUUCCUGUCAAUGUUUCAGUCAAUGUUAAUUGUCAUAUGGAUUAUGGCUACGAUCCAUGGUUAGAAGAUUUUCAUAGUCCGAGACCUAUAACAUCUGUAAAUUUGACAGUUUGUACGCCCACAUCGAACAUGGCUAGUCCAGUGAGAGAUAGGGAGGAUGAUUUUGAAGGGCAUGUGUUGGUGACGGUGAGCCCUAGUACAGCGCGGGCGCCUCCGCGGCGUCGGGCGCCGCCCCCGCCCGCGGCGGCGGCCGCUCAUGAGCGCCUGGAACCGAGGCCGACGCGCGCCGCGCCUGCACCGCCAGAAUCUACACAUGUUCCAGAUCGUUCCCUCAUCGAGCGGCAGAAAGAACGCCUCGGGCGCCUCGCGCGGGCGUUAGCACAGGAGCGCACCCGCCUCGCGCAGUUGACUAGAGAAGCUCGCGUACUAUCGGCACCUUUACCAUCACCGGCGCAACGACAACAGUUGAGAGAUGAUGUUCAACGCUUGAGGGCACAAUGCGAUCAUCUAACCAAGCGUGUAGAGUUGUCCGCGCCGAGUUUAGAGCAAGAAGAAUCCGACAACUUCUACAACAACAUCUACACGGGGCAGCGGCCUCCGGCCUCGUGGAAGUGCCACAUGUGCACGUUCCUCAACCACCCGCUGCUGGACAAGUGCGAGGAGUGCGACAUGCCGCGCAUCGUCAUAGGUACGUCGCCCGCGCACACCUUCGACUCCGGUUUCGGAUCGUUCCGAGACAAAACUAGGAACAGACACCAAAACUUAACUGACGCUCCGGACAAUUUGCGCUGUUAAAAAAAAACAAUUAUGGCCCGGAUACGAGUCCUUUUAAGCCAAAUUUGUCAUGUUUUCUUGAGAAUUUUUCAAGUGUUUAUAGACUAUUAACUAGCAUGUGCCUGUGACCUGCAUUAACAUUGAAGAUACCAACUAGAGAACUUCAUAAAGUGACUAAAGUGAGUUGGUAUUUUCUUUUCCAGUUUGUGUUGUUACAGUGAAGUGAACUUUUCGAUUUUCGCCGAGUGGACUUUUUGCAUGACUUUAAUGUUUGACUGGAUUAACAUUUAAUUCCUAUUUUAUGUGUAUAUAUUGCUAAGGUUUGUUAUGGGCAGUUUUAGCAGCUGAAGAAAUGAAAAGGAUUUGUCCUUUUACUUGUGAUGGUAUUGAAAGAAUUGUUUAUUGGGGUUGUUACGACAGUUAAAUAUUGGGAUAACUUAAUUGUCCUUUGAUAGUGAGAAAUGAUAAUCUAGUGGCCUUUGAAAUGAAUGAAGACUUACUUUUUGAUCAAUGGAUAGGCUUUUGUUUCAUACUAAAUAUUAGUAGUCAGUGUUUUUUGUUCCCCAAAUUUUUUUACAGACAUUUUUGACGAAAUGUUAUAAUUCGAAGCUGUGAUGAUGGUUUUGUUUGUCCAGUAGAUGCUUCUGUCUUCUGCUGAACAAGCCCGAAAUGUCAUCGAAUCGUAAUGACAAUUCGUCAAAAACGUGUCCAAAGAAAUUAAGCGUUGUAAAAUCCAAUGAUCCUUUUAUGAUUACCAAAAAACAUCAAAUAACAUUUAUUUCCAGGCAACUAAGGCUCAUAGAUAAGUAUCUUACAAACUUACAUAAAACAUACACUUUAAUUGAAACAGCUGCUUAUCUGGAGAUUGAAAGAUCAUCUUUAAUAAUAAUAUGUUUAGAUCUCUAUGUAUGGUGUUAUUGAAAAUAAGAAAACAAGUUUAUAUAGGCAUAAUUAAAAUUCUAAAUUAAAUACAUAGGUAACGCGAAUAUAGAGGCCUUACUACUUAUUGUUGAAAACGGAUGUUGUCUAUUUAAAACAGUUCUUAGUUUGUUAGGGUGCACUGCCUGUUAGGGUCGCUUUAAUUGUACAUUAUGGUUAUUAUAUAAAAUUAUACAAUUAUUACAAUUGUUAGUUUGGUAUCGACGAUAUAUUUAUUGUUUUCGUGUAUAAGUUGGGGUUCAUCCACAUAUUACGUCACAGAGGGAGGUCAAGCCAAGUGUGACAGUACGUAUUAAAUACCUAUCUCUUUCCUAUGAAAAAAAAGGGGGGGGGGGUCUAAACAGUCGAAAUUAUGUGUGAUGUAAUUAAUGGAUGACCCCUUGACUGAGACAUCACUUCUUAACUUGUCACUGAGACAACACCAGAUCUCACUUAGACUAUCUGCGCCUUGCCAAAAAGUCUGCUAAAUUAUAUAUUUGUCUGAAGAGUUAGUAUUGCUCAAAUUUAUAUUGCUCAGUUUGAACAAAUUUAUAACUUUUAAUUAACGUUAACGCACAAAAAUAUAUAUUGCAAAACUAGUAAAUUCUACAAAAAACACCUAUGUUAGAAAACGUGUAAAGGAAAAAAAACAAUUGAUGGUGCGCAUUAAGCAACUAUAAAAUUCGUCCUUAACCUUUUUAUUUAAGGAUAUAUGUUUACCAGUAAAAGUAACGUUUGACAAUUUUCCAAUUUCCUUAUGUUUCGGUGGAUUAUUUUUGAGUGCUCCUAAAUCAGACUUUGAAGAUGGACUAACGUAGCUACGAUUUUCCCAUUUUGGUACUAAGAUUUUAAUUAAUUUUUACUUUUUAAAUGUAGCUGACCUGACAUUCAUAAUAGUUUUUAAAAAUGUCUAAAUUAUAUCUUUUCUUAUAUUUAACUGUGAUAGAAGUAGGGCUUUAUGUCGUGAGGGAGCGGUUUAUCGCCAUCCUUAUCGUCGCCUAUACGUGACAAAAAGGUGAAUACCUAAUAAGAUGAAAGACAAUAAUUCGGAGAAUUGUGUGCAAUAUCGGGUUGUCACGUUCUAAACUGAUUCGGAUUCGGAACAGUGUGACGUUGAAAUAAAAUAAAAACGAGGGUUUUAAUACGAAAGUAUCUAUGUUAGAACACAGAUGUUUAAGUAAUGCCGUGUGAAUACAUAAUGUGUUUUUUUUUUCUUGUUAUGGCUUUUGUUAGGUUAGCCAAUGUCAGGUUGUGGAGGAAUUAAAAGAUAGGAAAAAAAAAACCGCGUCCGCCGCGCCUGAAGUUUCCCGCCCUUUCCUUGCUUGACGUUAAUUGCUCAAUAAGGUACAAUCAAACUUAUACUGAACUUUAACUAGAAUCUUCGAUGUAUUUAUUUCUAUGCAAUAUUGCAAAGUUUUGGGAUUAUACGUACUUAUUGCUGUUAUAUUUUUUUGAGGAAUCGUAUAUUAUUUACUUCUAUUAUAUCUAUUGGCAUACAAGUUAAUGGUGACAUUAUGCUUUAUUUUUUACUACGUUGUAACAUAAAGUAAAUUAGUCAUGUUUUUUUUAAUCAGACAUCAAAUAAUAUUUAGUAAAUAAAAUAUAUACAACUUUGCCUUACUAGUCUAGAUUUUAAAUAGAUUGUUAACAUAUCGUAAAUAUAUAACCACUGAUAUCAAUACGAGGAACUUGACUAUAUUACUCAUUAUCGAAACUACAUUAAAAGAUAACUGGAAUAUUUUUAAAGGUGACAUGAUGCCAUACUUUGCGAGCUGAAUAUGUAGGUUAUAAUGGACACCUCACUAUGGGAUCAGCCUUUAAAUUUCGGCAGUUAAUAUCGAUUGAUAAAAUGUUGAAGCUUUCUAUGAAAAAACAAUUUCUUAAGUAAUUUCGGUGUCGUCUAAUAGUAUUGUGACUCACUGAGUAUGACUCAGCUCGCAAAAGCCAUGUCGUAUAUCAUCACAUAACACAAAAGCUACUUUAAUCACAAUUAGGCUAUGGUGGUAGAUAAAGUACGUAGGUCCGCCGGAGCUGAACACAAAGUUGUCAGUCCUAGCUGUCAAACUAAAUAUCAAUAUCGUAGGGACUGUCACAGAAUAAAUAAUAGGACUACACUACUAGUACAGAAAGGAAACUUCUUACAAAACCGAAGUUUAACAGCGAUUCAGGGCCGAAUCAUGUUGUCUCUUUCUAAUGUAUAGAACUAUCCCUUUCGGCUAUUUAGGGUUAUCAAAAUUCAUGUUAUUAUCUUAUCUGCGGUUGUGCACGCAAAGGAACGUCAAGUUGUGCCAACCCUAAUAAUGGGGUUGGCAACUGUCAAAGGUUUGCAUAGAUGGCGCCAUCAUAGCUUGCCCCUUUUUCUAUGAGAUUUGGCUUAAAGGGUUGGCAAUCUGCUAAAUACUUCGACCGGCCAACCCCAUUGCUCGGAGCAAUGCUGAGCCGAACGGAGCCGAGAAUGCCCGAAAGGAUCAGUUUCGCACCUCCUGGUACUGUAUAACCUUAACCCUUAGAUGUAUAAAAUAUCAAUACUCAUACUAGAAUAACUAAAGUGUCAACCACACUCUAAAUUAAUUAAGAAUUUCAAGAAAACUUGGUUGACACUUUUCUUGUUUCAUUAUCAAUAUUGAUACUUCAUGCAUUAAGGGUUAGCAUGAUUACAAUCUUGUUCAAUGUUUACAAUAAUAUCAUAUCAGCAUACCAACACCAUUUAGUGUGUAUCGGCACUUUUAUUGAACUUUUACAAAUAUUUAUAAUUAGAGAUUUCAUAAGAGAUUGGCAGUUUGCUCUAGAAUUAAUCAUCUACACUUAAUAUCACAAUAAUUUAAGAAGUGUGUAAUGUAUUAGCUUUUUUAUGCAAUAUUUUUUUACACAUUUAAAAAUAAGUUUAAAGUAUUGUAGGCUAAAUUGUUGAUUUGUUAUUAUUUCAUAGGUUCAAAUGUGUUAUAUAUUAAUUAUUAUCUUGUUUAGUCUGGUGUAAAUUUGAUUAUGUGAUCAAUGAAUUUAUGUAUAUUGAGAAUAAAUGAUUACUUUUAAAA